ACUAGUAGGUACGCAUGCGUCGUGUGUUCGAAGCGCGAUUUGCGCAUCUCUCGGGUGUUGUCAAACAUUGGUGAACAUUCGUAGCUAUUCGUAGGUUUCCGUUUCGCGCCAGUUACAUUACAACCGCGUAGAGAGUGCGCCGCCCAAACAGUGCUCGUCACGCACACGUUGUUGUAUGUGAUCUCAUAUCUCAUCCUGACGCACCAACUUUAAAAAAAUAUGUCUUCGGAAACGGCGGAAUCAGUAGAGCAAGUAGCGCAGGAGUUGAAGGACGUCCAGCUUGAAAAUGGAACUGCGCCGGAGGCAACCAACGGAACGCCCAACAAAAGGGACGACAACUCGAUACCCUUCAAGGAUGCUUUCAAAGCUUUCUCUAAAUUCGGCGAUCCGAAAUCAGAUGGCAAAAACAUCACACUGUCACAAAGCGAUAAAUGGAUGAAACAAGCCAAAGUGAUCGACGGUAAGAAAAUAACUACAACGGAUACCGCCAUACACUUCAAAAAGCUGAAGUCAGUGAAGGUUGGCAUUGACGAUUACCAAAAGUUCCUUGACGAUCUCGCCAAGAGCAAAAAGGUAGAGCUGGAUGAUAUAAAAAGGAAACUCACCAGUUGUGGACAGCCCGGAAUCACAUCACAUGUGACAAAGUCGCCAGCUGCCGCGGCCGCUGUCGACCGCCUGACAGACACGAGCAAGUACACAGGAUCUCACAAGCAGCGCUUUGAUGAGACCGGUAAAGGGAAGGGCAUCGCGGGCAGGAAGGACCUGGUCGACGCUUCCGGCUACGUCACAGGAUAUCAGCACAAGGAUACCUACAACAAAUCCCAUUAAUACACCCGCAGUGAGUGGAUACAAUAAGAGUAUAACACAUGGAGAGUAUAAAUAAAAUAUUUUGGGCCCUCCGCGCCAUAUAAUUUUGUCACGUUUUAUAAGUAAAUAUCGUAUUUUCUACUUAUGUAUAUGGUACCUACUAGGUUUAUUUAUUAAUGCAUUUAAGUUAAGCUUUGUAUGUUGCGCGAUUAAGACAUUCCCUUCCUUAGAAGAAAGUAAUAAGUAGAGAUCAAAUUAUAAUUACUAUUUUUAUUACUAAUAAUGUUCAUAAACGUUUUAACGUCUAGUCGUUAGUAGAUAUAGAUCCAAAAGAUAUUUUAUUGAGCAAUAUUUAACAUUCAUUACGUAGGCAUUACUUGCAUGUUAAAGAUAAUCUGUUUAUUAAGUAUUAUCCCAAGCUUUUUACGUGGUUCAGUCUUAUACACCUACAUUAGACUAAUCGCCUCUAUUCACACAAAAUAACCGCCUGAGGCAACUAUUUCAAAGCCUAAAAUGUUUCAAAUGUAUACAAAUUCUUCUGAAUAUUUGUAACAUAGGAUUGACAACCUACCUGACUUUAUUUUUUUACGUCCAAAUUAUUGUACAUUUUAAUUAUAUAACUUAUGUCGGGUGUCUUAUUUAUAAAACAUGUUAAAAAAUCUGAGAAAAUGUACCUAAUGAUCUAUUUUGUGGUGUAAUUAAUAAACAUAUUUUAACUUUA